AAAUCUUUUCAAACGCGUUCAGUCAAUUGACUAGAAAUUGAACGUUGUCUGCGUCAAGUACUUUACAAAUAUAGCGCGUUCGCCGCGCAUGCGCGGAAAACCGGGCCCGCACGCACAACUUUCGACCGAACGUGUCUAAUGUCCGCGAACACUUCAUGACGCCCGAAAGAUUCGGCGAAGCGGCAGAAGGAAGACCGGGCUGUUGAAGGCGUCUCGCGUUAACCGGGAAAAUGGCGUUAUCUUGUGCGAUUUCCAACGAGGUACCAGAGCGUCCGGUGAUAUCUCCGGUCUCUGGGUCGAUAUAUGAGAGACGUCUCAUAGAAAGGUACGUGACUGAAAAUGGAGUAGAUCCCAUCAAUGGCAAGGAACUCACCAUUGAGCAGCUUAUCGAUGUGAAAGCAACUCCCAUCGUCAAGCCCAAGCCACCUAGUGCGACUUCUAUUCCAGCGAUAUUAAAGAUCAUGCAGGAUGAAUGGGACGCCGUUAUGCUGCAUUCAUUUACAUUGCGACAACAACUCCAGACUGCGAGACAGGAACUGUCUCACGCCUUGUAUCAGCACGAUGCAGCUUGCCGUGUGAUUGCUAGAUUGACUAAAGAAGUCACUGCCGCCAGAGAAGCUUUGGCCACUCUCAAGCCGCAAGCCGGAAUUGUACAGGCCGCUACGAUCCCGCAGCCUGCUGUGGCAGUAGAGGCUGGCGGUACAGCAGCCCAACCAAUGGAACAAGCCGGUAUCACUGAGGAUGUGAUACAGAAACUUCAAGAGCGAGCAACCGUUCUUACUCAAGAGCGAAAACGUCGUGGACGUUCAGUACCGGAAGAUCUCCUGCCUCAGGACAGUAUCCGCUCGUACCAGACUCUUGCGUCACAUCCUGGACUGCAUUCUGCCAGUGUGCCUGGAAUUCUGGCGCUUGAUAUUCACAGUGCUGAUACUAGCAAGAUUUUAACAGGUGGUGCUGACAAGAAUGCGACUGUUUUUAACAAAGAUACCGAACAAGUGGUGGCGAUCCUCAAAGGCCAUACGAAAAAAGUUACGCGAGUUAUUUAUCAUCCAGAGGAAGAUAUAGUGAUGACUGCAUCGCCUGACGCUACAAUUCGCGUAUGGAAUGUUGGUACCAGCCAAACGACAUUGUUAUUAAAAGCUCACGAUGCACCUGUGACCGGCUUGUCUCUACAUCCAACUGGCGAUUAUUUGCUAAGCUCUUCCCUGGACCAGCAUUGGGCUUUCUCGGACAUACGUACUGGCAGAUUACUGACUAAAGUUGCAGGACAAGCGGGACAACCUUUGACAACGGCACAAUUCCAUCCUGAUGGUUUAAUCUUCGGCACUGGUACAGCGGACUCUCAGGUGAAGAUCUGGGAUUUGAAAGAACAAUCUAAUGUUGCCAACUUUCCGGGACACACAGGUCCAAUCACGGCAAUUAGUUUCUCUGAGAAUGGAUAUUACUUGGCGACAGCUGCGGAGGAUUCGUGCGUCAAACUUUGGGAUUUGCGAAAGUUGAAGAACUUUAAGACUUUACAGUUGGAGGAAUCUUACGAAGUGAAGGACAUUUGCUUUGAUCAAAGUGGAACUUAUUUGGCUGUGGCGGGAACGGAUGUCAGAGUAUACCUUUGUAAGCAAUGGCAAGAAUUGAAGGUCCUGAACGAUCAUACAGCUGCGGCCACUGGCGUUCGUUUCGGAAAGCAUGCACAAUACAUCGCGUCUACCAGUAUGGAUAGGACAUUGAAACUCUAUGGAUUAGCGUAAAAUUUCCAAUUGGUACGUGAAAUCGCCGUUCGUCGAAGGUACGCAGUACGCACAUCUAUCAUCGCCACCACAAACAUCACGUUCGCCACUAUCGUGUUUUCUACGCGCCGUGUAUAUUAAUCUCGUGUUGGAAGAAAAACUUGAGAGAAUACGUCUCUGCCGGAUUCGGUUACUCCAUCGAUUCUUGAAAUAGUAAAAAUUUCUGUCGUCCAACAAUCUUCAAGAAAUAACUUGUGAAUUUCUCACAAACUGUUCUAUACACGUAUGUACAUAUUUAAUCACAUAUAAUUCAACUCUGAUUAUACACCCUGUAUACAAGUUAAUUAAUUUUUACUUUUCUACAGAGUAUAACGAACAAGAUAAUUAAAUAUUAGAUAUAAAAUUACACUAGGAAACUUAAAUGUAGGGCAAGACAAAUCAAAAAGUAUCCCAAAGGUAUAUAUAAUCACUUUUAUUAAGGCAACAGUGGAAUCGUUAAACAAGUUUUUUUUACUGUUGAAAUUAAUUCUAUAUAAAUGUACAAAUGUGCUCGCGCACGCGCGUAAGUGUAUGUGAGUGUGUGUAUAUGUGUGUGUGUGUGUACCUAUGGAGUCACUUAUCUGUUAUGUGUAAUUAACAUGUGGGCAUCUUCAAUGACCAAGGAAAGGAGUAUUAUCUUCUAAUUAUACAUAUAUAUUAUCUCCUAAUUAUACAUGUGUAUAUACGUACAAAAUAAUUCAUAUUGCUGAUCACUUUGCCAACUAUAGGAAAUUUUUUUUUAUAUGUUAAUACACAAGUACCUACUCAUCUCGAGUACUCUAAUUAUACAAUAGCUCACUCGCGCAGUAAAAAGUACACUUCUCUCAUAAUCAUUUGUAUCCUGGCUGCCACCAUUUUAUUCUCCUAAAAAAAACAGCUCAUAAUACCUUUCCUGCAGAUUGCAAUCAUUUUGUCGUCGUAAAUCAUCUUGUGACAUAUCGAAGACUUGAUUUAAGGCACUUGCAUUUCUUUCGCGGUUUCGCAUUAGUGUAUAAGUGUAAAAUACACAUUUUUUAUAAAAUACAUAAUACUUUGAAUGUCUAACACUUUUCUACUUUCAAUAUAACAACAAUUAUUGUAAAGUGUACUCCAAAAUAUAUUGAAAAUCGUUGCAAUUGUGGCAAUUUUUCUGUGUACGAGACACAUGUAAAGACUUGUAGAAAAUAUCGCCGCCCCCAUUAUAGAAUUUUCGAUUUUGGAAGCCCUAUUCCUGAUAUCACGUACAUACACGCGCACACACGCACACGCACACGCAACACACAUACAUACAUGUAUGCACACGCAUUGAGUCGUUAAAAUUUUAACAAAACUAUGCAUUUACUCAAAUAAUUGAUUUGGCCGUAUUUCGUAUUGUCUAUAUUACAGAACAGAAUAAACAUUCCCCGAAGAUCUGCUAGAUCGCCGAGAAAGUAUUAAGCUGAGUAUAAAUCUACGAACAAACGCGAACGUUCGGAGAUACGCGUUCGUGUUCUGGAGGCGUCCGUUCCUUUUAUCUUUCAUGUACCGCCUCACGAGGGAAUCGAGCUGAGCGCGAAUCGAACAUUCUGUUCGCAUUUGCUUCGGCGUAUACAUCUGCCGAAUGAUAACAGUAAACGUUCGCGUUCGCUGUUCGUUUCGUAGAUGUAUACCCAGCUUUCAAAGCGUGUAUAUUAUUACAAACUAAGCUAAAUCACGUUUCGACAGACGAUAAAUUAAUAUUUAAUGCGUUAAUAAACGCUCGAAUGAAAGGAUUAGGUAUUCUAACGCUCCCAAAACUCGACAAUCUUACGAUCCAAGGAAAAGAGACAGAAUAUCGCAAAGAUUACAUUAAUGAAUAGAAAAUUAGUUUAACCUCUGUAAAAAAUAAUACUAAAAUUUAACGCUUAUAGAAAAAAAUCUUUUCUCCGUUCUUAACGCCCCCAUAUUCUUGACUUCUUAAGGAACACCCGCACAUAUGCGUUAAGUUCUUAGUCAGGUUCAGUUUUAGAAUAAUGUUCUUCUGUGGUAAAUAUACCAUAGAGAAGAAAAUACAGGAAUCCCAUUGCAUGAAGGCAGUUGUGACAUUUAUGUCACUUUAAAUUGCAUGAUACUAAAAUAUUUUUUACUUCUCAACUUUAAGCGUUCGUUCGUUCCCUGAAGAGGUCCGAAUAUUCGUACGUUUAGCAUAUUCCCCUACGCUGUACCUUCGCUAUCUUACACUCGCCAAUUACAUUACGUGAUUAUUCGCAAUGUAAGAAAAUUAAUGACAGAUAAAAAGUACCAUGCGUAUACCAUUACUUGUCGAUAGCGCGAUCAACAUUCUCAUUCCGUGGUGUACGUACACGGAGAGAAUUUUCUCUUAAAAUUUACACUGAAAAUCGUGGGACAAUAUGGCACUUUGAGGAACUUUGUGAGUUCUUUUUAUUUUACUAGUAAAAUAUAUACUAAAUAGACUUACUAGCAAAAUUUCAAAAAACUCAUA